AUGAUUACUACAUUUAUUUUGGAAACGCUGUUACUCUCCUCGCUUCAACACAACCUGUUGACAGAAAUUCUAAAAGCGAAUUUUACUAAGCAGCCGGUUUUAGGGAGUCUGCAGAACUACCUCACCGUUUUCGCUUCAGCAGCGAAGAGCAACUGGCGCCUGGUACAAUUGUUUAAAUUAGGCGCUGCCGCCUCAUUGGCCAGUGGCUGCUGCUGCUCAGUGAUUGGCUCUGUGAUCAGGUGGGCAGUACCCGGAGGUGCUCAUUGGUGGAAGCGGGAAGUUUAAACAAAGACAGAAAGCUGUUGCUGUUUGGCACCUCUUUUGAGUUUGCAAAGUAACGGAGUUCGUUUCCUUUUUUCUCGAGUGUUGGUAACUGGAAAAGAACGGUGGCUGAAUCACCUUUCACGACCUCCACAGCCGGCCUUGAGGGGAAGCUGUCAGCAGUCUUGGUAGAGGUCCUGCGGGGUUCUCGGAGCUGUCAUGGCGACCCGGCGUGUGGGGCGAAGCUACUGGGAGCUGAGCCCGACCGAGCGGAGGACGCCGGCAGUACUGCGGCGGCCCCGGGACGAAGAGGAGGCGGCUUCCCCGCCGGUCCUGUCUCUGAGCCACUUUUGCAAGUCGCCUUUCCUCUGCUUCGGGGAUGUUCGCCUGGGAUCCUCUCGGACGCUGUCUCUGGCCCUAGACAACCCCAACGAGGAGGUGGCUGAAGUGAAGAUCUGCCGCUUUCCUGCAGCAGAUCGGGGCUUUAGCAUCUCUCAGCGCUGUUUCGUGUUGCAGCCUAAAGAAAAAAUUGUAAUUUCUGUUAACUGGACACCAUUCAAAGAAGGCCGAGUAAGAGAGAUUGUGACAUUUCUUGUAAAUGAUGUUCUGAAACACCAAGCCAUAUUGCUGGGAAAUGCAGAAGAGCGGAAAAAGAAAAAGAGGAGUCUUUGGGAUACCAUUAAUAAGAAGACUGUUUCAAACUCUUCAAGUCAUAACAAAAGGAUUUCACAUAGUCAAAAUGUUAAUAAAACAUUUAAUGUUUCCAAAAUAGUUGACACUGUUAGGAGCCCACUACAAGCCUGUGAAAAUUUGACUAUGACUGAAGUCUGUUCUCCAACAGAAAAUAAUUCUUUAAUCCUUGAACAAAAUAGAAUACCUAUAUCACCUAUUAGCCCCUCUUUCAAAGAAUGCUGUGAUGAGACUUGCUUAUCAUCUUCUAUACGUCGAUCUACGACCUACUCAUCUCUUCAUGCAUCUGAAAACGUGGAAUUGCUGAAAGUGGAAGGUUCCACCAUUUUGAAAGAUUUUAAUUUUAAUGAGCAAACCUUAACUGAAACAUCCUUUAACUCCCUAAAUAACACUGAUGGCCAAAUUGAAGAGAAUAACAGGCUUAUCCUUACCCCAAACUGUUCUUCAACUUUGAAUAUUACACAAAGUAAAGGAAAUUUUCUAAGUCCAGACUCCUUUGUACAUAAUAGCCAUGCAGCUAAUAAUGAAGUAGAAUUAGUCACAUGUCUUUCAUCUGAUAAAUUUAUGAAAGAUAAUUCAAAGCCUAUGCGUUUGGAACCCAAAAUUGUACAUGAAAUUUAUCAGACUAUUUUAAGUCCAGAUUCGUUUGUAAAUGAUAAUUACGGACUAAGUCAGGAUCUAGAAUCAGAGUCAGUUAAACCCAUUCUAUCACCGAAUCAAUUUGUAAAAGAUAACAUGGCAUAUAUGUGUACAUCUCAGCAAGCAUGCAAAUUAUCACCACUAUCAAAUAAGAAUUCUCAGGCCCCACAACCUCCUCAAGAUUGGAGAAAAAAAGUUUUACCAUGUACUCAUGGAUGUCAGAAUUCAAAAUCUCCCAAGGCUAUUUUUGAACAACCCAAAACUGUAGAAAUGAAGUCAAAUUACUACAGUGUUACAAAACAAAAUCAUCCUAAAUUUUCUGCAUUUCAGGAUAUUUCUAGUUAUAAUUACAAUAAACAAUCUAAGAGACGUCCAAUACUUUCCACCACUGUUACUAAAAGGAAGUCCAACUGUGCCAGAGAAAAACAAAUUGAAACUAAUAAAUCAAAGGCAAAAAGAUGUCUCAACACUGCAGUAGGUGAACUGGAAAAAGUAAUAGCAGAUAAUCAAAAAGAGAAAGAAUCUUUUCAUUCGUACCUUCCGAUUAUAGAUCCAAUUGUUAGUAAAUUUAACUAUCAUAAAAAUGAAGUAACUCCAUCUUCCUCGAAGACAGUUUUAGUUGCUCGUAAAAGAAAGAGUGCUGGAAGCACAGAAAAUGCAAAUGUGAGGGGUGCAGUUACGGAACCUACAGAAGUACAAGAAAUCAAAAGAAUCCAUUUUUCUCCUGUGGAAUGUAAACAAUCAACUGUUAAAAAAGCAAAAAAAGUCACCACACCCAUCUCAAAACAUAUUAGUAACAGAGAGAAAUUAAGCCUGAAGAAGAAAGCAGAUUCAUUAGUACACAGAACUCCUAGGUCUAAAACAAGCAAGAGGACUACAUCUAUUGUUCCUGUGGCACAGUCUAAUUUGACCUUCAUAAAACCAUUAAAAACAGAUAUUCCUAGACACCCAAUGCCAUUUGCUGCGAAAAACAUGUUUUAUGAUGAACGCUGGAAGGAAAAGCAGGAACAGGGCUUCACUUGGUGGCUAAAUUUUAUUUUAACUCCUGAUGACUUCACUGUAAAAACAAGUAUUUCUGAAGUAAAUGCUGCUACUCUUCUUUUGGGAAUGGAGAGUCAACAUAAAAUAAGUGUUCCUAGAGCGCCUACAAAAGAUGAAAUGUCUCUCAGAGCUUACACUGCUCGGUGCAGAUUGAAUAGAUUACGUCGCGCAGCCUGCCGUUUAUUUACUUCUGAAAAAUUGGUUAAAGCCAUUAAAAAGCUUGAAAUUGAAAUUGAAGCUAAACGGUUAAUUGUUCGAAAAGAUAGACAUCUCUGGAAGGAUGUGGGAGAACGGCAGAAAGUCCUAAACUGGCUUUUGUCAUAUAAUCCUUUGUGGCUACGAAUUGGCUUAGAGACGGUUUUUGGGGAACUCAUAUCUUUGGAAGACAACAGUGAUGUCACGGGAUUGGCUAUGUUUAUUCUGAAUCGCUUGCUUUGGAAUCCUGAUAUAGCAGCUGAGUAUAGACACCCCACUGUCCCUCAUCUUUACAGAGAUGGUCAUGAAGAAGCUUUGUCUAAGUUUACACUGAAAAAGUUAUUAUUGCUGGUCUGUUUCCUUGAUUACGCUAAAAUCUCCAGACUUAUUGAUCAUGAUCCUUGUCUCUUCUGUAAAGAUGCUGAAUUCAAGGCUAGUAAAGAAAUUCUUCUGGCUUUUUCCCGAGACUUCCUAAGCGGUGAAGGUGACCUUUCUCGUCACCUUAGCUUUUUGGGACUACCUGUUAGCCAUGUUCAGACUCCAUUUGAUGAAUUUGAUUUUGCUGUUACAAAUCUUGCUGUAGACUUGCAAUGUGGAGUGCGUCUCGUGCGAACCAUGGAACUUCUCACACAGAACUGGAAUCUCUCAAAGAAACUCAGGAUUCCUGCAAUAAGCCGUCUUCAAAAGAUUCACAAUGUUGACAUUGUUUUUGAAAUUCUUAAAUCACGAGGAGUUCAACUAAUUGAUGAGCAUGGAAACAUAAUCCUAUCUAAGAAUAUCGUGGAUAGGCACAGAGAGAAAACUCUUGCAUUGCUUUGGAAAAUAGCGUUUGCUUUUCAGGUGGAUAUUUCCCUUAAUUUAGAUCAACUAAACGAAGAAAUUGACUUUUUAAAACACACGCUGAGUAUAAAGAAAGCAAUGUCAACACUAUCAUGCCAUUCUGAUACUGUCAUUAAUAAGAAAAAAGACAAAAGGAAUAGUGGUUCCUUUGAACAAUACAGUGAAAGCAUAAAGCUGUUAAUGGAUUGGGUAAAUGCUGUUUGUGCCUUCUAUAAUAAGAAAGUGGAGAAUUUUACAGUGGCUUUCUCAGAUGGCCGUGUGUUAUGUUACUUGAUCCACCACUACCAUCCUUGCUAUGUGCCUUUUGAGGCUAUAUGUCAGCGUACUACUCAGACUGUGGAAUGCACACAGACUGGGUCAGUGGUGUUAAAUUCAUCAUCUGAAUCUGAUGCUAGUUUUCUGGAUAUGUCUCCUAAAGCAUUUGAUCAUGAAAAUACAUCAGAACUGUACAAAGAGCUCCUAGAAAAUGAAAAGAAAAAUUUUCAAUUGAUUAGCUCUGCAGUCAGAGACCUUGGUGGAAUACCUGCCAUGAUUCAUCAUUCAGAUAUGUCAAAUACGAUUCCGGAUGAAAAGGUGGUUAUUACCUAUUUGUCAUUUCUUUGUGCAAGACUUUUGGAUCUUCGUAAAGAAACAAGAGCUGCUCGGCUGAUACAAACAACUUGGAGAAGAUAUAAACUAAAAACAGAUCUAAAACGCUAUCAGGAGAGAGACAAAGCUGCAAGAAUUAUCCAGUCAGCUGUAAUCAAUUUUCUAACUAAACUAAGAUUGAAAAAGGAGAUUAUUGCAGCACUGGUCAUUCAGAAAUAUUGGCGAAGAUUCUUAGCACAGAGAAAAUUAUUAAUGUUAAAAAGGGAAAAACUGGAAAAAACUCAAAAUAAAUCAGCAGCAAUUAUUCAGGGAUAUUGGAGAAGAUAUUCCACUAGAAAAAGAUUUCUGAAAUUGAAAUAUUAUUCAAUCAUCCUGCAAUCUAGGAUAAGAAUGAUAAUUGCUGUUACUUCUUAUAAACGAUAUCUGUGGGCUACAGUUGUAAUUCAGAGGCAUUGGCGUGCUUAUUUCAGGAGAAAACAAGAUCAACAAAGAUAUAAAAUGCUAAAAUCAUCAUCCCUUGUAAUCCAGUCAAGGUUCAGAAGAUGGAAGCGACGCAAAAUGCAAUUACAAAUAAAGGCUGUGAUAAUACUGCAAAGAGCUUUUAGACGGUGGCAGGUCAGGAAACGAGCUAAAGAAAAGUCUGCUAUUGUCAUUCAGUCGUGGUAUAGAAUGCACAAAGAAUUACGGAAAUAUACUCAUAUUAGAUCUUGUGUUGUCAUCAUUCAGCGAAGAUUUAGGUGCUUUCAAGCCCAAAAGUCAUAUAAGAGAAAGAAAGAGUCUGUUCUGACUAUCCAAAAGUACUACAAAGCAUAUGUGAAAGGAAAGAUUGAACGGACCCAGUAUUUGCAGAAACGGGCUGCAGCCAUUCAACUGCAGGCUGCUUUCAGGAGAAUGAAAGCUCGUAAUUUACACAGACAGAUUAGAGCUGCUUGUGUUUUUCAGUCCUACUGGAGAAUGAGACAAGAAAAACUUCAAUUUCUAAAACUUAAGAAGAUUGUUAUCAAAUUGCAGGCACAUGUAAGAAAACAUCAACAGCUACAGAAAUACAAGAAGGUGAAGAAAGCUGCCCUUAUAAUUCAGGCUCAUUUCCGAGCUUACAUUUCGGCCAGAAAAGUUCUAGCAUCUUAUCAGAAAACUCGUUCUGCUGUCAUUGUUCUACAGGCUGCAUACAGAGGGAUGCAAGCUAGGAAAAAGUUUAUUCACAUCCUAACAUCUGUUAUAAAGAUUCAAUCAUAUUAUCGGGCUUAUAUUUCCCAUAGAAAAUUUAUGAGCCUAAAAAAUGCAACAGUAAAGUUACAGUCAAUUGUCAAGAUGAAACAAGCACGCAAACAAUAUUUACGUUUAAGAGAAGCAGCACUGUGUAUCCAGCGGUGGUACCGUUCCAAAAAAAUGGCUGCCCGAAAGAGAGAAGAAUAUAUUCGGGUGCAGAAAUCUUGUAUCAAGCUGCAAGCUUUUGUUAGAGGAUACCUGGUCCGAAAGCAGAUGAGGUUGCAAAGGAAAGCUGCUAUUUCACUACAGUCUUAUUUCAGAAUGAGAAAGAUGCGGCAAUACUAUCUGAAAAUUUAUAAAGCAACUGUUGUCAUUCAGAAUUACUAUCAUGCAAACAAAGCACAAGUCAAUCAGAGGAAGAACUUCUUGCAAAUCAAAAGAGCAGCUACCUGCUUGCAGGCAGCUUACAGAGGUUAUAAAGUACGCCAGCUAAUCAAACAACAAUCUAUAGCUGCUCUUAAAAUUCAAACUGCUUUUCGAGGCUAUAAUAAAAGGGUAAAAUAUCAAUCUGUGCUUCAGUCUACUCUCAAGAUUCAGAGGUGGUACAGGGCAUACAAAAGUGUUUAUGAUACAAGAACGCUUUUUUUAAAGACACGAGCAGCUGUGAUAUUUCUCCAGUCUGUUUAUCGUGGCUGGAAAGUUCGGAAGCAGAUCAGAAGGGAACAUAAUGCUGCAAUGAAGAUUCAGUCUGCUUUUAGAAUGAGCAAGGCCCGGAAACAGUUUAGAUCGUUAAGAAGAGCAACAUUAGUCAUCCAGCAACAUCUGAGAGCAAGGACUGAAGGAAAGAAGCAACGUACGGAGUACAUUGAACUCCGUCGUGUAGUUCUGGUGCUUCAAGCUACAUGGAAGGCCAGAAAACUGAGAAGACAGUUUCAAAGGCAACACAAAUGUGCGGUUGCCAUACAGUCAUACUAUAGAAUGUAUGUGCAACAGAAGAAGUGGAGAGGCCUGAAAAAAGCUGCUCUUCUGAUUCAAACGUAUUAUAGGGCUUACAGUAUUGGACAGAAACAGCGUCAUUUGUAUUUGAAAACAAAAGCAGCUGUAGUAAUUUUACAAUCAGCUUACCGAGGUUUAAGAGUGAGAAAAAAAGUAAAAGAGAGCAACAAAGCCGCUGUCACUAUACAGUCUAACUAUAAAGCAUACAAAACCAAAAAGAAAUAUGCAACCCAGAGAGCUUCAGCUAUUAUGAUUCAGAGAUGGUAUCGAGAUACUAAGAUAGCAAAACAACAACGUAGGGAAUAUCUUAAUUUAAAGAACGCAGCGAUUAAGAUCCAAGCUGUUUAUAGAGGUAUCAGAGUAAGAAGACAAAUUCAACGCAUGCACUUGGCAGCCACUUUUAUUAAAGCCAUGUUUAAAAUGCAUCAGUCAAAAGCAAGAUACCAUACAAUGAGAACAGCAGCUAUUGUAAUUCAGGUAAGAUACAGAGCGUACUGUCAAUGUAAAAUACAGCGUGCAAAGUACUUGACAAUUUUGAAAGCUGUUAAUAUUAUUCAGGCAAGGUUUAGAGGUUUAAGAGUCAGACAGACUUUAAGAAAGAUGCAGAUUGCAGCAACACUCAUUCAGUCAUACUACAGAAGAUACAGACAGCAGAAGUAUUUUAGUAAGCUAAAGAAGGUAACAAAAACAGUACAGCAAAGAUACUGGGCAGUAAAAGAAAGGAACAUACAAUUUCAAAGGUAUAACAAAUUGAGGUAUUCGGUAAUAUGCAUUCAGGCUGUUUUUAGGGGAAUGAGAGCUAGAAGACAUUUAAAAAUUAUGCAUUUAGCAGCAACCCUUAUUCAGAGGAGAUUUAGAACUCUAAUGAUGAGAAGAAGAUUCCUGUCUCUCAAGAAAACUGCUAUUUGGGUUCAGAGAAAAUAUCGUGCAAAUGUUUGUGCGAGGCAUCGCUUACAACAAUCCCUACGAUUUCAAAAGGCAGUCAUUAAAAUCCAGUCAUCGUAUAGAAGACUUAUGGUAAAGAAAAAGAUGCAGGAGAUGCGCAGGGCUGCUGUUCUCAUCCAGGCAGCUUUCAGAAUGCACAGAGCACGUGUGAGAUACCAGGCUUUGAAACGUGCCUCAACUUUAACUCAGCUGCGAUACCGAGCAAACAGAGUUGGGAAACUGCAAAGAGAACAUUACCUAAAGCAGAAGAGCUCUGCAGUGGUGAUUCAGGCUGCUUUUAGAGGCAUGAAAACUAGGAGACACUUGAAAGCUAUGCAUUUAGCAGCUAUUACUAUCCAGUCAGCUUAUCGAAGGUUAAUGGCAAAGAAAAAGAUGCAAAGAGCUGCAGUUCUCAUCCAGGCCACUUUCAGAAUGCACAGGACAUAUGUGAGAUUUCAGACUUGUAAGCAUGCCUCAGUUCUAAUUCAGCAACAUUACCGAGCGUAUAGAGCUGCAAAAUUGCAAAGAGAAAACUAUAUCAAACAACAGCAUUCUGCUGUGGUCAUUCAGGCUGCAUAUAAGGGAAUGAAAGCAAGACAGCUUUUAAGGAAAAAGCACAGAGCAGCUAUCGUAAUACAAAGCACAUAUAAAAUGUAUAGGCAGUAUUAUUUCUACCAAAAGAUUCAGUGGGCUACGAAAGUAAUACAAGAAAAAUACAGAGCAAAUAAAACCAAACAGAAAGCUCUGCAACACUCUGCACUGAAAAAAGCAACAGCUUGUAUUCAGGAAGGUUUCCAAGACAUGAACAUUGGAAAGCAAAUUCAGAAAGAGCAUCAGGCUGCCACUGUCAUUCAGAAGCACUUUAAGGCCUUUAAAGUCAGGAGGCAUUAUCUCCAGCUUAGAGCAGCAGUGUUUUUUGUUCAAAGAAGAUACAGAGCACUGAUUGCAAUGCAGAUGCAUACCCAAGCAGUUAUUUGUCCACAGUCUUCUUACAGAGGCUUUAAGGUACAAAAUGAUAUCCAGCGAAUGCACCUGGCUGCCACACAAAUUCAGGCAUUGUACCGAAUGCACCGGGCCAGAGCUGUUUAUCAAGCAAAGAAAACUGCAAUCAUUGUUAUACAGAAUUAUUAUAGGUCAUAUGUCAGAGUCAAAAUGGAAAGAAAUAGAUUUUUAGCAGCACAGAAAUCUGCACCAACUAUUCAGGCUGCCUUUAGAGGCAUGAAAGUCAGACAGAAAUUGAAAAACGAGUCGGAGAAAGAGAUGGCAGCCAUUGUUAUCCAAUCUGCAUUCCGCUGUUACAGAGCUAAAACUCAGUAUCAAGCUGUUGGAAGUGCAGCAGUUAGGAUUCAGACUUGGUAUAAAGCUUCUCUACUUGUGCAUUCGCAGAGAGCAGAGUAUGCUUCUCAAAGAAAGGCUGCAGUAACGAUUCAAAAAGCUUUUCGUAAAGUGGUCGCAAGAAGACUGGAAACACAGAAGUGUGCCGCCCUGCGAAUUCAGUCCUUCCUUCACGUGGCUGUGCAUCGGAGAAGAUUUGUUCAGCAAAAAAGAGCUGUUGUCACUUUACAGCAGUACUUUAGGACAUGGCAAACCAGAAAACAGUUUUUGUUGUGUAGAAAAGCAGCAGUGGUUUUACAAAAUCAUUACAGAGCGUUUCUGUGUGCAAAAUAUCAAAGACAAGCUUACUUACAAAUCAGAAGCAGUGUUAUCAUUAUUCAAGCUAGAAUGAAGGGAUUCAUACAGAAACAGAAGUUUCAGAAAAUUAAAGAUAGCACCAUAAAAAUCCAGGCUGUGUGGAGGAAAUAUAAAGCCAUGAAAGCUGCCUGCAAGAUUCAAGCCUGGUAUAGAUGUUGCAGAGCACGUAAAGAAUAUCUAGCUGUAUUAAAAGCUGUUAAAAUCAUUCAAGGUUGCUUCUAUACCAAACUGGAGAGAACACGGUUUUUGAAUAUGAGAGCGUCAACAAUCAUCAUUCAGAGAAGAUGGAGAGCUGUACUUUCUGGAAGAAUAGUUCGUGAGCGCUCCUUAAUGAUAAAAAGACAUCAAGCUGCUUGUUUGAUCCAAGCAAAUUUUAGAGGCUAUAAGGGAAGGCAGGUUUUUCUUCGGCAGAAAUCUGCUGCCUUGAUCAUACAAAGGAAUAUACGAGCAAGGAAGUCUGCAAAGUGUGAAAGGAUAAAAUAUGCUGAAUUAAAAAAAUCUACAGUUGUUCUACAAGCAAUGAUCCGUGGGUGGUUAGUAAGAAAAAGAAUUUUAGAACACAAAGCCAAAAUUAGGCUUCUUCACUUCACAGCGGCUGCAUAUUAUCACCUGUCUGCUCUUAGAAUUCAAAGAGCAUAUAAACGUCACCUGGCUAUUAAGAAUGCUAAGAAGCAGAUCAGUUCAGUCAUCUGUAUUCAGAGAUGGUUUAGAGCAAGAUUACAGCGGAAGAGGUUUAUUCAGAAAUAUGAGAGCAUAAUAAAAAUUCAGCGUGAAGUUCAAGAACGGCAGGACCAGCAAAAUAAGGCUGCGUUAGUAAUACAGAAAGCAGUACGCCGUUUUCUCCUCCGUAAAAAACAGGAAAAAUUUAACAGUGGAAUCACUAAAAUUCAGGCAUUAUGGAGAGGAUAUUCUUGGAGGAAGAAAAAUGAUUGUAAGAAGAUUAAAGCUGUACGACUAAGUCUUCAAGUGGUUAAUAGAGAGAUCCGAGAAGAAAACAAACUCUACAAAAGAACGGCACUUGCGCUUCAUUAUCUUCUGACAUAUAAGCAUCUUUCAGCCAUUCUUGAAGCAUUAAAGCACUUAGAGGUAGUUACAAGACUGUCUCCUCUUUGUUGUGAGAACAUGGCCCAGAGUGGAGCAAUUACUAAAAUAUUUGUUUUGAUCCGAAGCUGUAAUCGUAGUGUUCCUUGUAUGGAAGUCAUCAGAUCUGCUGUACAAGUCUUGCUUAAUGUAGCUAAGUAUGAGAAAACUACUUCAGCAGUUUAUGAUGUAGAAAAUUGUAUAGAUACACUACUGGAGCUUUUGCAGAUGUAUCGAGAAAAGGCUGGUGACAGAGUUGCAGACAAAGGUGGAAGCAUUUUCACAAAAACUUGUUGUUUGCUGGCUGUUUUAUUGAAGACAACAAGUCGAGCCUCUGAUGUUCGAAGUAGGCCCAAGGUUGUUGACCGUAUUUAUAGUCUCUACAAACUUACAGCUCGUAAACAUAAAAUGAAUACUGAAAGGAUACUUUAUAAGCAAAAGAAGAACUCUUCUAUAAGCAUUCCCUUUAUUCCAGAAACACCUGUAAGAACCAGCAUAGUUUCAAGACUUAUGCCAGAUUGGGUUUUAAGAAGAGAUAGUCUGGAGGAAAUCACUAAUCCUCUGAAAGCUAUUCAAAUGGUGAUGGAUACACUUGGCCUUCCGUAUUAGUAAAUGUAAACAUUUUCAGUGUGUAUAGCAGAAAGAAAUAUUAAAGCUAAUCAUGUAUAUGU